AUGGCACCUGCCAAACUCUACAAUGAGUUGUUACCAUUGAAAUUAUCAUUGGAACAAUUGACAGUGAAUGGAUAUCCUUUCUGGGAUCAGACACUCAAUCAAGCGGUCUUUGCUCCAACAUUGACCAACCAAAGGGAUUGGGUUGUAGCCAAUGAUUUCUUUCGAAAAUGUUCUCGAUGUUCGAAGGACUUUACAUUGAAUCCGGAUGGAACUAUGUCUCCUCAGAAGUGUUCAUACCAUCAUCGUCCGAAAUUCGAUGCAUCGAUAGGACAAAUGAAAAGAACCUGUUGCUCAGCAAAACCUGGACCAUCUUCCAACGGAUGCAUGACUGAAGACAAUCAUGUCUUCCAGUCAGCUUGGGAAGAUACCCUCUGGGACUUCGUUGUGACUCCCCAGUCGAAAGGAAAGUCCGAUUAUCGAUCGAACAAAGUUUACGGGUUGGAUUGUGAACUGAUUCACACUUUGAAUGGAUUGGAAGUGGCCAGAGUCAGUCUUGUCGAUAUGAAGGGACGAGUUCUUUUGGAUACUUUCGUCCUUCCACAAUAUGAAAUUGUCAGCUACAAUAGCUUUUUCUCAGGAGUUACUGAGAAAGAUAUGGAGUCAGCAAUCUCUCUUGAUACAUGUCGACUGCAACUCUUCCAGUACAUCAAUUCUGAAACUCUUCUCGUAGGACAUUCGUUGGAAUCUGAUCUGAAAGCACUUCGAAUUGUUCAUUAUAAUGUUAUCGACACUUCAGUUCUUUUUCAAAGUCCAAAUCCACAUAAAGGAUACAGAAAGAAAGUAUCACUUCAAAAUUUGGCCACAAUGAUGCUGGGAAAAGUUAUUCAAUCUGAGAAAACUGGGCAUUCAUCAGUGGAAGACAGUUUAACUUGUCUUGAACUGCUCGCAAUGAGACACGUGACAUUUGUUAAAUAA